AGCUACACACAGUCGCUUACUAUAAUCUUAGCGGACGAGCACCCAGAUGUAGAGGUCAUCGGUAUAGACCGCCUGCCUAACCAAUCAAUAUUGAAGACUGGCCGCGGCUUGUUAAACACCACUGCUAUGGCCCGCAAUGCAUCGCUUCGAGCCCGCACUAACUCUUUGCCGCCAAAGGCGGUCAUUGGGUUGUCCUCCCCUCGCCGCAACUCCUUUAGCGACAGUCUUAAAACCAAGAACAGCGAUCCUCAGGAUUAG